GACCUCUUGACCCUACAAACAUCAGCCACCGACUUGCAUCAUCAUGGACACAGACCCUGGCUUCAAUCAUGCAAACAGCUCCUCACAGCAUCAGGAUACAGAGUUGUUCUCAACCGAAGAAGACAGCAGUCUCUACUUCACCUACAGUGGAGGGUGCAAUGAGCUGGAGGUCAACGACCUGCACUAUGAGGUGGAUACAGCGGCUCAGAUCCCCUGGUAUGAGAGGCUGUCUGAGUUCAAGUUGCCAUGGGAGAUAAAAGGAAACAAGCAGACAGCCAUCAACAAGCUCAGCCUCAGAGUCCGCAGUGGACAGAUGUUGGCUGUCAUUGGCAGCUCAGGUUGUGGUAAAACAUCUCUGCUGGACAUAAUAACGUGCCGUGACGAGGGCGGGUCAAUGUCGUCUGGUCAGAUUCUGAUCAACGGGAAACCCAACACGCCGCAGCUGGUGAAGAAGAGCAUCGCUCAUGUCCGCCAAGACGACCGCCUUCUUCCUCACCUCACCGUCCGUGAAACUCUCGUCUUUGUCGCCAAACUGAGGCUCCCCACACACUUCACACAAGCUCAGAGGGAACAGAGGGUGGAUGAUGUGAUCGCAGAGUUGCGGCUGAGACAGUGUGCUCACACCAGGGUGGGAAACGACUAUGUGAGGGGAGUUUCUGGAGGAGAGAGGAGGAGAGUCAGUAUAGCUGUCCAACUUCUCUGGAACCCCGGUAUUUUGAUCCUGGACGAGCCCACGUCAGGUUUGGACAGCUUCACGGCCCACAAUCUGGUGAUCACUUUGUCCCGCCUGGCUCGGGGAAACCGUCUCGUCCUGCUGUCGGUCCAUCAGCCUCGGUCAGAUAUCUUCCAGCUCUUUGACCUCGUCGUCCUGCUGUCGUCAGGUUCGGCCGUUUACUGCGGCGCCGCUCGUGACAUGGUACCUUACUUCACUGCCCUGGGAUAUCCUUGCCCACGAUACUGCAACCCCUCUGACUUCUAUGUUGAUCUGAUCAGUAUUGACCGGCGCAGUCUGGAGCAGGAGGCCGAAUGUUUGGAGCGGGCCACGGUUCUGGCUGGGAAGUUUAUGGAAAAGGUCAGAGACACAGAAGAUCAUAUGUGGAAACCAGACACAGCACCAGCACAAACCGAAAGCCCUCAACAGCUGAGCACGGUGAAAACAGAGGAAGUAAUCACUAUUUCCAAACAAAAGAACAGACUGCCUGGCAGACUGCACCAAUUCACCAUCCUCAUCAGGCGUCACAUGUAUAAUGACUAUAGAGACCUGGUCACCAUAUUGGUCCACGGCUUCGAGGCCCUCCUCAUGUCACUGCUGGUCGGUUGUCUCUACUACGGGGCCGGAGAAGAACGUCUGUCCAUUCAGGACACAGUGGCGCUCCUCUACAUGAUCGGUGCUCUCACGCCAUUCGCCGUCGUGCUGGACGUCAUAGCUAAAUGUCACACAGAGAGAGCCAUGCUCUUCCAUGAGCUGGAGGACGGCAUGUACUCCGUCAGCUCCUACUUCUUUGCCAAGGUCCUGGGGGAGUUACCCGAGCACUGUGUGUUCACCUUGGUGUACGGCCUGCCUAUCUACUGGCUGGCCGGGCUUAACGAAGCCCCAGAGCGUUUCCUGCUGAACUUCCUGCUGGUGUGGCUGAUGGUUUACUGCAGCCGAGCCAUGGCUCUGUUUGUCGCUGCCGCGCUGCCUACCCUGCAGACCUCAGCCUUCAUGGGCAACGCCUUGUUCACCGUCUUCUACUUGACUGGAGGUUUUGUCAUCAGCCUGGAGAAUAUGUGGCUCGUGGCUUCAUGGUUCUCUCACGCUUCCUUCAUGCGUUGGGGUUUUGAGGGCAUGCUGCAGGUGCAGUUCAGAGGCAACAAGUACCCCAUCACCAUCUCAAACAUCACCAUCAGUGUUGAUGGCAUACACGUGGUAGAGGCCAUGAAAAUGAACCAGUACCCUCUGUACUCGUGCUAUCUGGUCCUGCUGGCAGUCUGUCUGUGCUUCAUGGUGCUCUAUUACGUGUCCCUAAAAUUCAUCAAACAGAAGUCCAGUCAAGACUGGUGAACACAUCUGGAUGAGUUUCAACCAUCUGUGACCAAACACUGUCUGAUAUCACACACAACCUCAGGGACAGGUUUCACUUCAGGAAGUGUGUUUUCUUUCAUCAAUGGGAGGAAAUAAUUUGGGUUGUAGUUCGACUGGUUCGACACUGAGCCACGCUUUCCAUUACAGUGAAAAGGGUGCUUAAUUUAGGGGAGGAAAGUUUACAAUUUCACAAUAAUUUCAACAUCAGAAACUCCUUUGUAAAGGCAGAAACACAUACAGUAAUCACCAGUAGUCGAAACAAUUUUUUAUAUAUAUCUAAUGUUAACAGUUUAAAUAUAAGAAUAAUUCAGAUUUAUGUAAGAAAAGAAAGUUGUGCUCACUUUGAAGUACUUUGCGCAGUACCACUGUCUGCUGCUGGAUGGCAGCAGAACACUGCAGUAUCAUCAGAGUUAGAUUUAUUGCAUUCUCUCUCUCUCUCUGCUCCGUCUUGGCAAACGAUUAGAGCGCCACUUUGGCAGAUAUCCAUCUGCAGCUUUCGCUUGUUCCAUUUUCAAUCUUCUUUUUUUCUACAUCUUUAUCUUUUUUUGUAUAUGUAAGGUUAUUAAGCUUAACAAUGUGUGUGCCAGUAUACAGAGCACUGAAAAAAACAGCAGAGUAGAGAUUUAGUAAGUCACACUCUGUAAAAAAAAAAAGAAGAGCUUGUACUGUGUCCUCAUAGAUUGAAGAUUAUGUAAGCUGUGUGUUUUUGCACUGGUGCAAAAGCCUGAUAAAUAUUUUACCGACAUGGUUCAAGUCCAAAUUAGUAAAGUAUUCAA